AUGGUGAAGUAUCNCAUACUAUCGAAAACGGAAAGUCACUUGACUAAAAAUUGGUGCAAUUUAAUCUCUCAACCGAUUCUCCCAGAGGAAAGACUAGUUUUAACGCUGAGAUUUCUUGCAACUGGAUCGUCGUACAGUAAUUUAGCCUUCUCUUUUCGCAUGGGAGCGACAACUGUCAGUCAAAUCGUCAACGAAUGCAUGAACGUUAUCUGGAUUGUUUUGGAACAUGUGCACAUGCCUAUCCCCGAUGUGCAUAAGUUUUUGGAAAUUUCCCAGCAGUUUUUUGAGAAGUGGCAAUUUCCUCAUUGCUUGGGAGCUCUUGAUGGUCGACACGCCGUUGAAGAUGCUAAAUACAAAUACAUUUUCAUUGAUGUUGGUAAUUACGACCAUCAAAGUGACCCUGGCACAUUUAGAGCAUCGAAUUUCGAUGGUGCUUACGCUUUAAUGCCAAACGUGAUGAAGCCAUAUCCUGAUCAAAACUUGUCUAGAGAACAAAUUUUGUUUAACAAAAGACUGUCACGAGCUCGACAAUCGCCAGAUGUUGCAUCUCUGAUCGUCAAGUGCACUUGCUUACUACACAACAUUGUAAUGGAUGUAGAAAAAGAAAAUUUUUUGAAUGAAUUAUCAUCGGGUAAUCAUGGGUUUGUUCAUACUAGUACUACAGAAAAUGAAUCUGUUCUAGGAUCUGCAGCUAAAGUGCGCGAAAAUUUAAAAAAUUAUUUGGCUACAUGUUAA